UUGUUUCUGACAGUCAACUUUUGAGCAACAUGGCAACCAGGUGGGGAAUAUGCAGCGCUGGGAAGAUCAGUCACGACUUUGCUGUUGCUUUAAAAACUCUUCCUGCUGAAGACCAUCGGGUUGUGGCUAUUGCAGCUCGUAAGUUGGAGGAUGCUCAAGAGUUUGCCAGGAAACACCACAUCUCUAAGGCUUACGGCAGCUACGAGGAGCUGGCCAGAGAUCCAAAUGUAGAUGUGGUGUAUGUUGGGAACAUCCACCCAUACCAUCUGAAGGCCUGUCUGCUCUUCAUGAAUGCCAAGAAAAAUGUUCUGUGUGAGAAACCGUUGGCCAUGAACAGUAAAGAAGUGAAAGAGAUUCUGGACUCUACCAAAAGGAAUCAAGUCUUCUUUAUGGAGGCCGUGUGGAGCCGUUUCUUCCCAGUUUCUGUGGAGGUUAGAAAGAUGCUGGCUCAGGGGGAGAUAGGAGACGUGAAAAUGGUUCGGUCGGAGUUUGGAGUACCAGUUUUGCACAACCGAAGAGUAGUAGAGAAGGAGUUGGGUGGAGGAGCGUUAUUGAACAUUGGCAUGUACUGCCUGCAGUUUGUGUGUAUGGUGUACAAUGGAGAGAGGCCAGAGAGCAUCCAGGCUACCGGGGUCUGCCUGGACACAGGGGUGGAUGAAACUGUGAUUGUAACUCUGAAGUUUUCAGAGAAGAGAAUGGCUGUGUUUACUUACUCUUGCAGUAUACAGCUUCCUAAUGAUGCCAUUAUUGUUGGAACCAAGGGCACCAUCCAGAUCCCUGCCAGGAUGUGGUGCCCCACAUCACUAAUAGUGAAUGGGAAGGAGACCCAGUAUCCUUUGCCUGAACCCAGUUUCCCUCUGAACUUCCACAACAGCACAGGGAUGCGUUAUGAAGCUGAGGAAGUCCGACAGUGUUUGAUCAAAGGGCUGAAGGAGAGUCCAGUCAUGUCGCACUCUGACUCUCUUCUGCUGGCAGAACUGGAGGAUGAAAUCCGUCGGCAGGUGGGCGUGGUGUACAGCCAAGAUUGCCAGUAAAUGUUCUGCGGUCACUGUAAAAUUAAAUAAUUACUCAAAACUGAUUAUUAAGGAGAUCCAGCAGGACUUUGUGUUCCAACUCUGCUGCUACUGUGUUGUUUUGACAGGCCUGACAGAGGUCAUGCCAAAAGAUCAGUAAAAGUUCUGAAUCCAAA